UUUCUAGAAUGUGCUAGAAAGAUCAAAAUGACUGAAAACGAACCUUCAAGUUCAACAAAACUCCAAUCAGACCUAAUUGGUGCUCGGGUCGCAGAACUGAAAACAGACGGUAAAGAUAUACGUGAAAACUACAUCCCAACAUUCCAACCACUACCCAAACAGAGUCCAGAACAACCAUCUGUCUAUUACCCGGUUAUGGUGCCACCAAUGCCGAUAUCUAAAUUCGUCGAUAAAAUUGAUUGGAAAUCUGUCAACAAGGUCAAGAAAACAAAGCCAGAAGUUAAGGAAUACUGUGAAUCACUUAAAGAUAACAAAGAUGGGUUUGAGGCUGAGGUUAAGGUUUUUAGGGUUCUUGAGAGAAUGAAGCAAGGUGAGGAAAUCAUAGUACUUCACAGUUUGGGAUACCUUCACAGUGAUUACCAGAUUUUCGUUGGAGACCAUUUAUACAUAACUGGCAAUAAGAAAGGGACGCCAUGUGAUCGAGACGACGAUGUUAAAGAAGGGGAGUGUGACUUUGUUAUAAUGGGAAAAAACUAUUUCGUUAUCAUUGAAGUCAAGAAAAACAAAGCUGAUCUGGGGUAUGGAAAACUUCAAGCGAGUCGAACAGAAAAACUUAUUCUGGGGAUUGCUGAAAUGUUAGGAAGUGUUAUCCCUUCAGUAUUCAAGGUUGUUGUUGCACCAACUGAAUACAAGGACCCAUAUAAUGACGAGAAAUUCCGCCGUUGGUGGAAGAAGAACAUCACAGACAAAGCUUCUGAAAGAAUGCAGUGUCCUGAAACAUUUGAGGAGACUAAGAACGUCCUUCUCGCUUUGCGAGCUAACAAGGAUAAUACAUGGGAGAAAAAGAGAUGUUCUUUGGGAUGGAAUAUCCGACAUAUUGAUGAGCAGUUGAGGAACGCAAUUGUCACGUUUGAGAAAAAGGGAGAGAGAAAUUUUAAUUCAAAUCCUGGUGUAGUAGAAGCUCCUCCUAACGUAAAAGAUUUUGUCGGUAUCAAAUAUUUGACUGCUGAACAAUACAAUACAUUAAAAUUAAAAGAAAAGUUGUUGUUCAUACAUGGACCGGCUGGGACUGGUAAAACAGUUAUAAUGUGCGGGAAGAUUCUAGAGUUAGCGUUAUCUGAUAAGAAGAACAAGAUCGUGGUCAUCACAUUUGCUGGUGAAGGUAAUAAUGCUAACUUGUAUGAAACUGCACUGGGUAAAGCAGGGGUAAGAUAUCAGACGAUCACGGGUGAAUUUCAAGACGACUGGUUCACAGGAGUUGACGAGACAAUAAAUGCAGAAAGUAGAAGUAAGGAACUCUAUCAAGUUGUUAUCGUCAACAUGGAAUUGGAACCACUAAGUGAUUUCAAUUUUGAUCACCUAAAAAAAAAGAUAACGAAUCUGGUAGCAUCUCAGACGGACAGUAGUGUAUUUAUGGACGAUAUGCAGGUUGUCUUCAGCUAUCUUGAUUACCAUGACUAUACGACGCUAGAGUUAAUUGGUACUCUAAUGAAGUUAUCUGAUGAACACCACGUGUGGGUAGCAUGUGACAUGAUACAGUCUCUAUGGUGUGAGUAUUAUCACUCCUUUAAUGACGAAUAUUUAGGUGAACUGGCGUUGUUGUCGGAUGAGCAGCGAGUUUCUUUGUCUAAAAACUUGAGGAACACCUUCGACAUAUCAACUGUUUUAGAUGUGUUAAGGGAUUUACAUACUGCAAAUAGCGCAGCGGGAGCGAACUUUUGCUCAAAACAGGAGUAUGGACAUUUCAUACAUGGACCAUUAAUUGCGAUACAUUUUAUGGAGGGAUUCGGUUACGAUUCCAGUAAUAUAAUGAUGAAAGACCUUUUGAUAAAUGAAUUUAAGAUGUUAUUGAAGACAAAUGAUUUAGAUUAUACUGAUAUAGGAAUAAUAUACAACGACGAUUAUGGUUUUAUGGUUGUACAGACUGCUGUAGAGACUCUGAGAACUGAAGGUUACGACACUGAUAAAAUAAUACUGUGUAAGUGUUGCGAUUGCUUUUCAAGUGAGUGGCCUGCUGUUAUUGCGAUGCUUAGAUUGGAUGGAUAUACGCAUCAUGAUCUGAGUCUUCUUUAUACUGCAAUAUCACGAGCACGGGUUAAGUGCUCUGUUCUGAUACUACACCACCCGUUAUCAUCAGAUGAAGAUAGUUUAGAUAGUACAGAUAGUGAAUAUUAUAAUGAAGUUAAUGCAGAUGAUAACAUUUAUCGUUUAUUAGAGAAAUUGGAGCCUGUAGCUCGCGUGAUAAAACAUUAUGUUUGUUUUGAAACCCCACGGUGGAGGUUGGCGUGUGCCGCAAUUUAUUAA